UAUUGCUUGGUCUUCAAGACUAGCUUUAUUCCUUCAUAUUCUUUUCGUGGCCGAGCAGUUUAGUUGUUUAUGAUUAUUCAUGGUUUUGUGAAUGCAGGGGUAAGCAGAGAUGAAGAGACACUUUUGCGGACAGUUUAUCUAAAUAAGUUGCCUGACAAAUUUCCUGAAGGAUCUCGAGUUUUUGUGGUAGAUUCAAUGUUGGCAACAGGUGGCAUAAUUGUGGCAGCACUUAACCUCUUAAAGGAAUGUGGAAUUGAGAACAAGCACUCAUGUGUAUUGAAGAUUUUGGAGGGAUGGAAACUAUAUACACUCACGUGUAUGGGUUUGAUACUCGGGUGUCUGUUAUAGUUGUACUUAGUACAACACACAAUAAUGUAUUAACAUCGUUUCCGUUGUUGGACUUUGAAUACAUUUUUAGUAUGACAUACGAUAGCAUAUUUAGCUUUAUAUUUAUAUUUG